ACUAAACCCUUCCCUCCCUCUUCUUGAAGAACCCAAGAACAAGAAGGAAAGGAAAUGAGAGGAAAAAAAACACCCCUGCCCAGGUCAGGUGUUGAUAAUAUGGCUAAAACUACAAUGAGCAAGCAAAGCAAAAACAGCACGAGGAACAUUUCAUUGAAGGUGCCACAGCCGGCAACAAAAACAAAAAUAAUCGAACCAGAUGUUAGCUGCAACACAACUGGGUCUUCAUAUAUGGAAGUUGGUAACAUGGCUAAAACAACUGGGGGCAGGAAGAGCAAAAACAGCACAAAGAACAUCCCAGGGAAGGUGCUGCAGCUGGAAACAAAAGUAAAACGCGAACCAGAAAUUAGCAGCUAUGGAACCUGGUCUCCGUUUAUGGAUGGCAUAGUUGGGAUGCCAAAAUCUGUGGCUGAGAUAGUAAGCAUGGAUGAAAUGAUCAAUGCUGUACUCUAUGGCCUGAGAAACUCCCCUCCAUUGCCGAUUUUCAAAAGAGUAUGUCCUGCAGACAAAUAAUUUGAACAUGAGAUGAACUAUAUGAUGGUUUUUUUAUUGUUUAUCCUUCCGCGUGUUAUGUAGAUUGACAAGAAUGAUUUUGUACUACUUUCUUUAGUGUUGAACUAA